GUGGGUGUACACAUGCACAUCUCUUAAAGUGCUCUGAGCUGCUGCCUCGGGUGUUGGGCUGGGAAAGGUACGUGGAGGGGUUUCAUCUCUGGUGGCUUCUCCCUCCGCCAAGAGUUGCCAGACCCGAGCUCAGUGUCGCCGGCCGUCCUCUCUUCCCCAGAGUCCUUGGGAGGUCAUCAAGAGGUCUUUAAAAAUGCCAUCUUCUCAGGGAAGCGUCCCGAGUUACCUGGGACUCUCCAUCUUCACCAUGCUUUGCUGCUGCUUACCUCUCGGCAUCGCAGCUGUGAUCUACUCUUCUCAAGUGGACAACGCCAACUGCUCUGGAGAUUUCAACAGGGCGUCCCAAGCUUCCCGCACGGCUCGCAAGCUGAACAUUAUCGGGAUUGUGCUUGGGGUGAUUACGCUGAUCAUCGUGGCAGUGAUUUAUGCUGUUGUAUUCACUCAAAUGAAAUGAGAGGGUGUACCCAGCGCUCCCAGCAUGUAUUGCAAGGGAAGGGGCCAGAUCCAGUUCCUUUUGUAGAGAACAUCCUCCACCCGGAUACCACGGGCCACACCUGCAAGAUUACCACUGGAAAGCCACAAAGAGAGCAAGUUGCUGUUUUUGCAAACCAAGGGCUCUUUUGUAUUCUCUCUAAUUGAGUCACUGCUUUGCUUUUUCUAAUACCCAGAUGUACAACAUGAGCUCAAAGAACAUAGUAAUUGUAUGUCAAUAAAAUUCAAGUGACACAUACAAAUCA